AUGGAGAAAUUUUUUGAAACCUUGACGUGUUCUGAGGAGUCUAAAAAGAAGGUUGCGGUGUAUUACUUAGACAAAGAUGCGGCAGAAUGGUGGGAGAGUAGGGAUCGCCAAGUAGGACAUCUCGUCACCACUUGGGCGGCGUUCAAAAAAGAAUUUGAACGCAAGUAUUUCACCACGGAGUCCAAGCGAAGGCUUCAACGUCAGUUUGCUAACCUAGUACAAGGAGACAAGACAGUUAGAGAAUAUGAAUCUGAGUUCAUGCGACUACGACAACACGUUCUGCGAGGACAAGAUGAUGAAGAAACCAUGAUAUCUAACUUUAUGUUUGGUCUAAAACCAGAGUUAGAAAAUAGACUGGCAGUCGGGAACUACGAGAGUCUGACCGAGCUAGUGGAAAAGGCUACGAAUGUGGAGAUCGGAUUAGAAGCUGAGAAGGCGGCAAGUAAGAAAUGUAAGCAGCAUCAAGAAGUAAAAUAUGGUGGAAACCAAAGAUCAUUUAAGGGUAAAGAUAAGGAAAAGGAAUCGGGAGGGCCAAGUCGACGAUCUCUGUUCACAGGAAAAUGCUUUAAAUGUGGCAAGAUAGGCCAUAAGUCAAGUGAAUUCUUCGGGAAGAAACCUGGAUUCUUUCAGUCAAACUCAUACAAUCCUACAUGCUACACGUGUGGAAAGAAAGGACACAUCUCUACCCAGUGCAGCGUCAAUCGUCCUAUCCCAGCUACGCCAAUCACUGUUCAUCCUCCCCCAGCUCCACCUGCAAUCGCACCAGCGCCAAAAAGGCAAUCUAUAGGAGGUAGAGUUUACGCUUUAGAACUAGAUGAUACUAAACCUCCAGGCCAAUCUACGGGUCCCAUCAGAGGAACUUUACAUGUUGCAGGGCGUCCCACACAUGUAUUGUUCGACUCUGGGGCAACACAUAGUUUUGUGACCCCUGAGGUAGCUGCCGAGUUUGUGGGUUUAUUUGUGAUUGACAAGAUGGAUGUGGCUGUAAUGACUCCCGGAGACCAAACCCUCCAAGCAAGAGAAUGCAUCAGAAGUGUUCUGCUAUCGGGCUCAAUUAGAUUGUGGAAAAGGUCGUAUUUUGUUCAAGGAGAACGGGCAACGACAAUUAGUGUUUUACGGGAUCAGUCCAAGCAAGUAUGUGUCUUUAGUAGCUGUCUUGAGAGUGAAAAUUUGCUUAAGGAUGGAGAAGCGUAUCUGGUAACAGUAAUUGCUAGUGAAGGACCCACUGGAAGCGGAGUCGAAAUUAAGGAUAUUGUGGUAGUACAGGAGUUUGAGGAUGUAUUUGCAACGUUGAAAGAGUUACCUCCACCUCGGAGUAACGCUUUCACAAUUAACUUGGAACCUGAAUCGAAGCCGAUAGCAAAGGCUCCCUACCGCAUGGCACCUGCAGAGUUAGCAGAGUUGAAGAAACAGCUUGAAGAUUUAAUGGAGAAAGGAUUCAUAAGACCUAGCUCUUCACCAUGGGGAGUUCCGGUCUUAUUAGUCAAGAAGAAGGAUGGUAGCAUGCGGCUUUGCAUUGAUUAUUGA